UAUUUCCCUGAUCAGGGAUUGAACCUGUAGGAGUCUUAACAGUGGGUCACCAGAGAAGCCCCUCAUCCUUCAUUCUUACCAUCUCAAGGGACCUAUACCAGCCAGGAGGCCUCUGGGUCUGCAUCUGCCACAGUGGUUUGUGGAUCUCUUCUCUGGAGUGGAACAACAACAAAACAAAUUCUCUGGACUUUUUCCAUCCUGUCGUUUAAAGCUGACCCUCUCCGUCCCCACAUCCCCUUUCUGGUCACGGCAGCCUGAACUUUAACGACAGACUAAAGUGUGAUUCUGGGCAACUGACACUGUACAUGGGGAUGAUAAUAAUAGUGUCUAGUUCCUACAAUUUUGUGUGCCAUGAGAAUACAGAUGCAUGUAGCACGGGCUCAAUAAACGAUUACUGUUUUUCACGAUUCAACCCCACGACCCUUUAAUUGGCUGAGACCACAAGCCUAACCCUCGGUGGAGGCAAUGGACUAGCUGAGCCGGUUUGGGCCGUGGACACCUGCCUCAUUGCUGGGCAGCCCUCCCCAUCAGCAGCACAAAGCCUGGACUGCACCGGCCAAGAAAUCAACCUUCCUUUCACCUCUCACUGUGAAAAUUCACGGUGGACCUACAAGGGAGGUGAACAACGACCUGGCCCCGAAGGGCUGGACAAUGAAAAAGGCACGCCCCCGACAAGUUUAAAAUGAGAAGCCAGUGCGGGCUGGUCCCGACCGGCCCUGAGGAACGUCCAGCCGCCAGCGGUGGGACCCUGGGCUGAGAGGAGAGGGCCAUGGGACACAAGAACACUCCCCACGACUGCGCCCGCGCCGGGCUCCAUAGCGCCAGCACCUCCAGGGCGCAGGCGCGGGCCCCGCCGCCCGGUCGACCUCGUCUCCCUGCGAGCUCUGCGGCGGCGCUGACCCGGCCGGGGCCACUCUUCCUCGCCUCUCCCAAGCGCCGAGCGGGCGGUCGAGUGAACCGUGGCUCAAAUGGCCCCCGAGGCUACCUGGGCAGGCAAAUAUUUUCUUCUGACUGGUCAGCGGUAAGUGUGUGGCGAAACCUGAUCCAAUCAAUGGGCGCUAGAGUUCUCAGAACGUAAUCCGGAAGUUGGUCCUGAGCAGUUCCGAUUGGUUGGUGAUGCCUAACGCGCGUUGAGACUUCCGGCGUGGGUGCGGAGCGCGGAGUCCUGUGAGGUGAAAGGAGAGGAGCUCAGGUCCUGUUCUAGGGCGGUCUUGGCGGGGGCGGGCCAAGGGGCGGUGCGGCGGCGCCCGCGAGCAACUGAGGCUGAGGCGCAGGAGCCGUUUGCGCCCGGGCUGGAGCCAGCUUUCUCGGUCAGGGUUUGGAGCUCUGGGCCACCUGGCUGUUGCGGACUUCAGCCAUCCUUGCGCUGGGCCCGGGGCGUCUUCUUUGGCGUGCGCAACUGGUUUCGCGGCCAAGGCGGUCUGGGGGCCUGAAGAUGGCGUCGGGUCCGGGCUUCCAGGACCGGGAAGGGCUCCUCAUAGUGAAACUGGAGGAGGACAGCGCCUGGAGCCAGGAGCUGCCCCAGCCAGACCCAGGUCCCAGCCCGGAGGCCUCUCACCUGCGCUUCAGACGGUUCCGCUUUCAAGAGGCCGCUGGGCCCCGGGAGGCCCUCAGCCGGCUCCAGGAGCUUUGCCACGGGUGGCUCCAGCCGGAGAUGCGCACCAAGGAGCAGAUCUUGGAGCUGUUGGUGCUGGAGCAGUUCCUGACUAUCCUGCCCCAGGAGAUCCAGAGCAGGGUGCAGGAGUUGCACCCGGAGAGCGGCGAGGAAGCGGUGACUCUCGUUGAAGAUAUGCAGAAAGAACUUGGGAGACUGAGACAGAAGGUCACAAACCGUGGGCAGGGAACAGAAGUGCUUUUGGAGGAGCCUUUGCCUCUGGAAACAGCACAAGAGUCACCGAGCUUCAAGCUGGAGCCCAUGGAGACUGAGCGAAGCCCUGGCCGCAGGCUGCAGGAGCUGCUAGGCCCCGGCCCCAAAAGGGACCCUCAGACUGUAAAGGAGAGGGCAUUAUCUGCUCCCUGGCUUUCUCUCUUUCCUCCCGAAGGAAACAUGGAAGACAAGGAGCUGACUGGGCCCCAGUUGCCUGAGAGCUUAGAGGACGUGGCUAUGUACAUCUCCCAGGAGGAGUGGGGGCGUCAGCAUCCUAGUAAGAGGGCCCUCUCCCGGGACACGGUGCAGGAGAGUUAUGAGAAUGUGGACUCACUGGAGUCUCAGGUUCCCAGUCAGGAGGCCCUGAGCAUCCAGGUGGAACAUGGAGGAAGGCCCUGGCAUCCAAGUGUCCAGACUUGCAAGGAAGGUCUGAGCUCCAGGACCCCAGCUCCAGGGGAAGAGAAAUUUGAGAACCAGGAAGAGUGUGCUCAGUCUGUUUCACCUGAGAGCAUCCAUCGCCAGGUGCUGCUGGCUGGUCAGGCCAGAGGGGAGGUGCCCUGGAGUCCUGAGCAGGGAAGGCCUCGGGAUAGGGCAGAAAAGCUUUGGGAGCCUCCCACAGAGGAUCGACUGGAGCAACCCUUAGUGGGGGCCACAAGUUGCAAAAAGCUGGGACGACCAAAGGAACUGCAGCCAAAGAAGCUCCACUUAUGUCCCUUGUGUGGCAAAAAUUUCUCUAACAACUCGAACCUGAUUAGACACCAGAGAAUACAUGCAGCAGAAAGACUGUGCAUGGGUGUGGAGUGCGCUGAAAUCUUUGGUGGGAAUCCACACUUUUUAUCACUACACAGAGCACACCUGGGAGAGGAAGCCCAUAAGUGCCUCGAGUGUGGAAAAAGCUUCAGUCAGAAUACCCACCUGACUCGCCACCAGCGAACCCACACAGGUGAGAAGCCCUAUCAGUGUAAUGUGUGUGGAAAGAGCUUCUCUUGCAACUCCAACCUCCACAGGCACCAGAGAACACACACAGGUGAAAAGCCCUACAAGUGCCCUGAGUGUGGGGAGAUCUUCGCUCACAGUUCCAACCUCCUCAGGCACCAGAGAAUUCACACAGGAGAGAGACCUUAUAAGUGUGCCGAGUGUGGGAAAAGUUUCUCUCGCAGUUCACACCUUGUUAUUCACGAAAGAACUCAUGAAAAAGAGAGGCUGUACCCCUUCUCUGAGUGUGGGGAAGCAGUGAGGGACAGCACGCUCUUUCUUAAAAAUCCCGGGACCCACCCCAAAGCCGAGAAGAAACUCUUCCAGUGUUUGACUUGUGGGAAAAGCUUCCGGCAGGGCAUGCACCUCACCAGACACCAGAGAACACACACAGGAGAGAAACCAUAUAAAUGUAACCUCUGUGGGGAAAACUUUUCUCAUAGAUCCAACUUAAUCAGGCACCAGAGAAUUCACACGGGAGAGAAACCCUAUACCUGUCACGAAUGUGGGGACAGUUUCUCUCACAGCUCCAAUCGGAUUCGUCAUCUGAGAACCCACACAGGAGAGAAACCUUAUAAAUGUUCUGAAUGUGGAGAAAGCUUUUCUCGAAGUUCACGCCUUAUGAGUCAUCAGAGAACUCACACUGGAUAGAAACGAUGGGAUUUCUUUUGGGCCCAGAUAAGGUGGCCUGUUCAGAGGGGCCUGUUGUUGGGAGCUCAUAUUCCUUACACAUCGAGUAAUUACCCUGCCCCCCCAGGGCAGCGUCCUCCUGAGGGAAGUACAGAGGCAACAAAUGAUUAGCAUAAAACUCAAAAGGAAUUCUGUUGGAAUUAGUGAGAAUAGCAAGUCUUUGAGGUGACCCACUCAGGGUGGAAUUCUCUAUGAAGUACUUCCUGUCCCAGGGCACUCCUAUCCCCCUCAGCAUAUUUAGCCAGCUUGUGAUGUGGGUGCCUUAUUCUGUCCUGUGUCCAUACCAACAACUUUGGGAAUCCACGAACUUGCUUCCUCACUUGGGAUAUUCAUCAGGAAUAUUUGAGCUCCUGAGGCCCUUGAGAGCAAAGAAGAGUGAUCAGGUCUCCUGGGAAAGCAGGAGGCACCAAAAUACUGGUGGUGAGUUGCAGCUUUUCUGAAAGCCUGGCUGGGAAGCUCAUAGGCAGUCGGGGGCACCCACCGUCCAUGGCCUGACCGUAUUGGUUAUUAGCAGGUCCUAAUGUAAGUGUCACCUCAAACAAAAAGGAACAAGAGACUUAAGGGAAACAGUAAGGCAGAAUUUGCAGGUCUGCCCGGAAAUAGGCAGAGGAGUUUACCCUUUUGCAGAGAUCGUCUUCAGAAGGUUCACGAAAGAUGGGUUCCUUGGGAGACUUUGAAAACAUGGAUCCUGGGGAAGUUGGGAAUCAUGCCCACCCCUGUUGAAAAUAUGUUUGGAUGUUAAUAAAUAUCUUCAGGAAA